AUGGGCUUUGAAACUCGAUACUUGUCCGGGAUCCUUGAUAACAGACUGCCCAACCCCUUGACGAAAGCGCCGACGGGCCAGGACGACGCAAAGAGAGCCAACCAGAGUCAACCAGAAAAAUCCAGACCCUCACGGAAAGCUGGACACUUGCAGGAUAAGGCAUCCAGGCACUUUCAGACGGAGCCAGACACUUCAAGACGGAGCCAGACACUUCAAGACGGAGCCAGACACUUCAAGACGGAGCCAGACACUUCAAGACGGAGCCAGACACUUCAAGACGGAGCCAGACACUUCAAGACGGAGCCAGACACUUCAAGACGGAGCCAGACACUUCGAGACGGAGCCAGACACUUCGAAACAGAGCCAGGCACUUCGAGACAGAGCCAGACACUUCAAGACGGACCAGACACUUCAAGACGGAGCCAGACACUUCGAGACGGAGCCAGACACUUCGAGACGGAGCCAGACACUUCGAGACGGAACCAGACACUUCGAGACGGAGCCAGACACUUCGAGACGGAGCCAGACACUUCGAGACGGAGCCAGACACUUCGAGACGGAGCCAGACACUUCAAGACGGAUCCAGACACUUCGAGACGGAGCCAGACACUUCAAGACGGAGCCAGACACUUCGAGACGGAGCCAGACACUUCGAGACGGAGCCAGACACUUCGAGACGGAGCCAGACACUUCGAGACGGAGCCAGACACUUCAAGACGGAUCCAGACACUUCGAGACGUAGCCAGACACUUCGAGACGGAGCCAGACACUUCAAGACGGAGCCAGACACUUCGAGACGGAGCCAGACACUUCAAGACGGAGCCAGACACUUCGAGACGGAGCCAGACGGGGGCACGAGAGCCAGGUGUCUCCGCGUGA